CAACAGGGAGAUGGCUUCACUGUGAUGUUAGUUGCUACAGACAUGGCAGCGAUAGCGAUGUGAUUUUUUCGAAACACCCUUGUUGGAUUACUUUAAUCGAAAGCUGUCGGGUUUAAACGAGCUCCAGCAUGUCUCUGUUCAAAGCGCGCGACUGGUGGGCCACAGUCCUGGGAGAGGGCGAGGAGUUCGACCAGGGCUGCCUGUGUGUGGGGGACGUGGACAACAGUGGAACCGGGUUUGAUAAAGUAGUGGUGGGGAGCUACAUGGGGAUGCUCCGGAUCUUCUCCCCUCACCUGUCCAAACCCGGCGAGCCGUCCGAGGCAGAUGCCCAGCUGCUCGAGGUGCACCUCAGAGACCCCAUCAUCCAGGUGGAGCUGGGCAAGUUCGUCUCGUGUUCAGAACUCCUUCACCUGGCUGUGCUGCAUCCCAGGAAGGUCUCCGUCUAUGCGGUAUCAGGCAUGGCUGGAAACGUUGAGCACGGUGACCAGUACCAGCUGCGGCUGGUGUACGAGCACAACCUGCAACGCACGGCCUGCAACAUGACCUACGGGUCCUUUGGAGGAGUCACAGGUCAUCACUUCAUUUGUAUCCAGUCGAUGGAUGGGAUGCUGAUGUUCUUUGAGCAGGAGACCUACGCUUUUGGACGCUUCUUGCCGGGCUUCCUGCUCCCGGGGCCGCUGUGCUACUGCGCCCACACCGACACCUUCCUCACGGUCUCCUCCGCCCGCCAGGUGGAGAGCUAUAGGUACGAGACACUGGCCGUCGCCACGGACGCAGACACCAGACACGAGGGCGAGCAGCAGAGUAAGAGUUCUGGGAAGAGACUGCAGGCUGACUGGACUCUGAUUCUGGGCGAGGGGGCCCUGGACAUCUACAUCCUGUCCUUCUCGUCGUCGUCCCACUCCAUCUUUGUGCUGGGCGAGCGGAGCCUGUACUGCCUGAAGGACAGCGGGCAGAUCCGCUUCAUGAAGAAGCUGGAGUACAACCCCAGCUGCUUCUUCCCCUACGCCGCAGUUGGCGAGGGGACGAGCAACGUGCUAAUGGCUAACCAUAACAACAUGCUGCUGGUCUAUGAGGAUAUCACCCUCAAGUGGGCCGCCCAACUGGCCUGUGUACCUGUGGCUGUGCGGGUCGCCAACUUCCAAGAGCUGAAGGGCCUGGUGGUAACCCUGAGCUCCGAAGGCCAUCUCCAGUGCUCUUACAUGGGCACGGACCCCUCCUUCUUCACCGCGCCCAAGGUGGAGGCCCGUGAAGUCAACUACGAGGAGGUGGACGCCGAGAUGCGGUCGCUGCAGAAGAUCAUCAGAGAGACCACCAGGACCCAGGACAUCCUUCCAAGGGCAGACAUAGAGGAUGACUUGAUUAUCACAGCCUCCGUCUCCACAGAUUUGGAUGCCGUCUCGCAAGCCCUCCUCCCUGAGAUCAACGGCACGGCUGUCCCCUCCGUCACUGUUCAGAUCAAGGUGAAGAGUCGGAACGCAGUGCAGAGCCCCAAGAUAACUGUGUGUGUUCAGCCCCCGUUGGCCGUCUCACAGGACCAGUUUGUCCUGGACUCUCUGGGCGCCGGUGCUCAGACGGUGGUGACCCUCUCGGCCUUCUUGGACGGGCUCUACCCGCCGGCCGACCUGACUGGAGACGUGGCCGCGUACUACAGUUCCCCCACAGAGCUCAACCCCGCAGGCGUUCCACGGGUGACCCAGUGUAAAUUCUCCCUGCCCCUCCGGCUGCUGUGCUCCCCGACCGCACCCCUCAAGAGCGCCAAGUACAAGAUCACCGUGGACACCAACAAACCGCCCGUCAACCUCAACCAAGUCUUCCCAGAGUUUGCAGUGAAGUCUGAUGACAAGGAGGGGGGAGCACUGGCCUUCCGCUUCAUCACUGGCUCCAGUGUGUCUGUGCUGGCCUCCAAGUCCUCACAGCGCUACAGGAUUCAGAGUGAGAACUUCGAGGACAUGUGGCUGAUUGCCAAAGAGCUGGUGCAGCGCUUCGACGGGCACUUUGCCAAGCAGGGGGUCAAUGACUUCCGCAACAGCUUUGCUGGGCCCAUCCCACUGGCAGAGUACUUUGAGAUAGUGGACCACCACUUUGAGUUACGUGUGAAUGCCGAGAAGUACCAGGACCUGCUGUCGGAGCGGGCGGUUCAGUUCAGGGCCAUCCAGCGCCGACUCCUGACCCGCUUUAAGGACAAGACCCCGGCCCCGCUGCAGAACCUGGACACACUGAUGGAGGGCACUUACCGGCAGGUGAUUGCGUUGGCGGAUCGUGGGAGGAGAACAUUACAACCUGCGCCAGGUUGCUGUCUGUCUGUGCAGCCGCCCACCUGGUCAUCGUGUUGCCCUACCUCCGCCCGCCACCCACCCACCACUCACCAUCCCCUCGGGGUCUGUGGCUGCAAGCGCAGCACUGAGUGCCAGGACCCAGAGGCUGAUUACCUGUCAUUAGGCGUCAUUAAGGCCGAUCUGGAUGGCGGCAGGGGGCAGCGUGACGGCCCCACGCCCUGGGCUCCUGGCUGGGAGGAGAGUGUGGAUGCGGCAGUGUCCCACCUGCUGCGGACGUGUCUUUCGCGCAGCUCCAAGGACCAGGCCACAGCGCUGACCACCGUGCAGCUGAGCAUGCCCAAAGACACGGCCCGCCUCAAAAAGCACAUCACGCUCCUGUGCGACCGCCUGGGCAAGGGUGGACGCCUCUCACUUUCCUCGGAUGCCAACGUGCCCACGCCCGUCAUGAUGCCAGGUGGAUGUGAGCCCAUCUCGGAGACCCCAGCAGAGGUGGAGCAGGACCAGGAGGAGCCUCCCCUGCAGCAGGAGUUGGCCGCCAAGUUCAUCAAGAAGAAGCAGCCGUCCAAGAAGGUCAAGAGCAAGUCAGAUUCUUCUAAAGAAUCGUCGAAAGAAGGGAAGAAAGAGUCCUCGAAAGAGAGUAAGAAGGAAAGCUCAAAGGAACCUGGGAAGGAGAAGGAAUCCAAGAAGGUGUCUUCGAAAGAGUCGUCAAAAGAGUCCUCGAAGGACACCAAGGAGUCAUCCAAAGAGUCAAAGAAGGAGUCAAAGAAGAAGGAGUCUACAAAGGAUUCUGGGAAAGAGGCAGGAGCCAAGGAGGAAGGCAAGGAGGGUCUGAAGGAGCCGACGAAAGUGAAGAGGAAGACGUCGGUGAAGAAGGAGAAGAAGAAAGAGCCCGAGGCAGGAGAGGGUUGAUGGAGCCAUGGCACUCCAAACACAGAUGCACGCUCUCUCUCUCACACACACACACACACACACACACACACACAUACACACACACACACAUACUCAGUCAUGUUUAUA